GAUUACUUGUAAAAACAGUACUUACAUUAAAAUUUACAAUAGCUUGUAUAAAACUUUACAAUUGUAUGCUUCUUUAAUUCGUUUCAACUUAUCAAAAUCAAGUUAAUAUAAGUUCUUUUUCGAGUGUAAUAUAAUUGAGAAUCAAGUAAAUUUAAUUAACUGUACCUUAACUAUAGCGGCCACUUGCACAUAGAAGAUAAGGUAUCGGGACAAAUUAUCUUAUGAACAUAAUGUCAAAGAAAAUUAUACUAUCCAGCAGUUCUUUCAACAUAAUUGUAUUGAUAUUGCUCAAUCCUAAUGCAUUUGUAUUUUGUAUUUCCGAUAAAAUGUCUGAAGAAAAACUUUUAGCUAACCAUAUUGGAUGGACAAAUGAUGAGUUUAAUAAAAUACAAAUAGAAAACGAGCGUUAUGAGUUGGUAUAUCAGGUAGUUCUUAUGGCCUACAAGUAUGAACCAAUGAAUGGCAAUAAAUAUGAAAGAAUAGAGGAGAUAUUGAUACCAUCCAGAUCGAAAGAACAUACAAUUGAAAAUGAAGAAAUAAUCCGGAAAUAUAUAUUUAAAUAUAAGAACAAAAAUGUUAACAUGAAAAUUGAAAAUUUAGAAAUUUAUAAUGAAAAUAACGCUGACUACCAAACUGUUGUUAAAGAAAGAAUUGCAUUUAUAAGAAAUGCGGCAAUAUACAUAUUCAAUAAUAAAAAAUCUUCUUUUUUGAUGUGCGGAAACGAUAUUGGAAUCAUAAAAUGUUAUUUACGAGGGCUAAUAAACUAUAUUGACAGUCCUACUAUUUUAAAACAAAGAGGAGGCUGUGAAUUAUUUGAUGAAAAAAUUUGCUCUUUCCAAUACAUGAACCAAUCCCGAAUAUGGGAAAACAAAUUAUACAUGUUCUCAGCAAGCACUGAUCUUUGUAAUUAUCCAUAGUUCAAGCAAGGAAUUUAUAAAUUCUCAAAAAUAAAUAUGAUAUAUAUAUAU